AUGUCCCCCUCGCCGUCAAAGACCCUCUCGCUCCACUGCGACCUGACCACUCUCUCGCCUUUACCCUCCGAAGUCAUCUCCCUCAUCUACGCCUACUGUCUCGCCCGAAACCCCCUCGAAAGUCGAAGCCAGUUCCUCAAUCUCCUCGUUCUCUCCAAGAAAGUCUAUUCAGAGAAUGCUUGGAGGCUGUAUGAAGCUGUCGAGCUGAAUAAUCAGAAUCACAAGGCGUUUUUUGACGGAUUAUGGAGCCGCGGGGAGAUUCACGUUUGUCAGAACCCGUGUCCUCCUUACCUCCGGUGCGAGGCUUCUGCAAAAGCCCUCGCACGAGAAAUCGAGGGAUACUCUCAUCCUAAACGACAGUUGAAACGACCAUCCCACAUCCCGUCCAAGAUUUCAUACGAGUACGAAUCCUACAUCCCCUUCCAUCUCCAUCCCGCCAUUCGAAAACUCCUCCUCAUACGCCAAUGUCGCAGGCUCUACAUCGAUAGCUGGCGGGCCUUCGUCGGACUUGAAAAAAGAAACGAAUCGGUCCGGGACGCCGUCAAUGCGUGGCCUCCGGGACACGACAUCCGUCAUGCCGAGCCUUCCGACUAUGCCUGGAUCUCAGAUUCCCUCUUUUUCUCCGUCACCCAUCUCUCUUUCGGAGAGACUGUCUCAUUGGUUGCUCCCGAGAUAUCUUCGGUCAAGUACAAGUUCUUCGGGCCGGCGCUCAAGCAUGUCUGCCUGAGCUUCAACGACACAUUCUACGAUUUGGAAGCCGUUUACAAGGAGGCAGCCCAGUCGGGGAGGCUAUAUGAGUUCAAGGAAAGACAGUCAAGGGAGAGCAUCACAGAGCUGCUUCAAGAGCGACUAUCUUUUGCGCUUAGGUUCUGGGUGGAUGAGAAGACGUCCUUGACGCUACACAACGCGUGGCCCGACGAUAUUGACCCUGGGCUGGCUGAUACGAUGAUCUAUGAAUUGCCGAGGAGUACCAAGAAUGGUGACGGUGACUGGUGGAGGCAGAUCGCGAUGACGACUUCAGAGAUGAAGGCUUACAGGUCAGAGUUGGAAAAGCGGAUGAAAGAUGACAGAUGGGGAGCCGAUGCCUGGCGACCCACGAUGAAACCUUGGAAGAUCCGAUUCACCAAUAUGGCGCCCAUCCCACCCAAUACCGACAUCAUUUCGGCCGUCCUCGGUGAUUAUCCUCUCGGUCAAGAUGAACGUUUUGAUGGGUUGUUCAAAAAGUGGUGGGAAGAAGUCGUCUGCUUUGAGGGACCAGUGAAGUGCGAUUGCUGCGAGAUCUUCAAAAAGAAACACCCAAAAGUAGGCGUCCUUGCGUCUAAUGAAAGGAAGACAUUCUGA